AAACUCAAAGACGCAGUAAACAGUGUUGGUCUCAUCUCUGGAAGCAUGAAAGCUGAGUCAUCUAAAAGCCACAGCCUCUAAAUCUAAAGUGCUCUAGUAACCAGUAGAGGUGUGCCUGCUCCCAUUACGAACUGAGUAACAUACCUAGUUCCAGUCAAAGUGGCGCCCUUUGGUGGUAUGCCGCAGCUCCUGGCAGAUCAGUGGUGGAAAAUCAAGAAGGUUUGCCUGCAGCUCCUUGUGGAAUUUCUGAGCAUGCAGUGUCUGUUCCUGGCGGUGAAGACAGACCUGACAGCAGCAACCCAGAUGGCACUCUGCUUGGUGCUCAUCGCGCAAGUCCAGCAGGCCUCCUACUGGUGCCACAGAGCAGCAAGAAGUCUGGAAUCUGCAGCAGAAACCAAAGAAGCAGCCAUGCUUCUUAAACACGACUCUGACCCUAAGACUCAGAAAGGUAAUAGUAAGGUCCAAUGCCUUGGCCUUUGUUAAGUAACAUGAGAUGGCUUGACCUCUCUACAAUAUACAAAACAUCUAAGGCGCAUCAUCCUCCUGCUAUAUAAAACGAUUUCCUGUCUGAGCUAAUCUGUAGGAGGAUGUUGCAAAUAUUGAACUGCCUCUCACUCAACUAUUACAGUGCUCCUCUCAUAAUACUUCUACAGCUGUUUACCUUGCCCAGAGAUGCCGUUUCUUGGGAGACAAGUGAAGAAAUAUCUGAAGCUGUUAAUCAGAAGGGAUGCUGCGACUCUGGUUCUUUGCUGGUGCUUUGCGUAGAAGUUGUGACUGUUGGCAACUGUCCGAAGAACCGUUAGCCUAACUGCAUCUUUCUUACACACUACCUUGAGCACUUAUGUGCUGUGAACUCUCAAUGCCAACGGCAUAAGACGACGCAUGAAACAACGACUCCAUUCUGGUAAAGACUCAUCUUUCACAGUAAUAAGACCAAUGUCAAGCCUUUACGUGAGGGCACUGAAGAGAGUUGAACGGUAGAUAAACAUAAUCCCUCAGUCAGUACCUGUAAACAGGCUAAUAAAGCGC